UCUGUCAAAUCUUCCCUCAGCUUCUUCCUUGCUGCCUUUUAUGCCCAAGCGUUCCACUCAGGUUCAUUUUGUACAAAGUCUUUCCCUCUAUGGAUCUAGAUAGGAAAAUAUCUUUCAAUUAUUUUGAUUGAUAUAGUUCUUCACUCAUCCUGUAAUUUCUCUCACCUGCAUCCAGUCCAUGAUGCUGCAUAUCCUUUACUUGACUACCAUGAAUAGGACAGGAGCAGGAGAGCCCAGCACAAAAACUGUCAAAUCCUUAGUCUUAUCCUCUCUCUCUUUUUUUUUUUUUUUUUUUUUUUUUAAGAUUUUUUUUUACCUCUACUUCACAUUUCCUUGCUUGUAUUAUAUGCAGUCCAAAAGAAAAAAAAAAGCAGAUUCUAUUUGAAGGUUCAAUGUCCCAUCAUAGAAUUUAGGUUAAAAAAAAAAAAAAAAAGAAGAAGAAAAAAAUCACAGAAAAGACGGAGAAAAAGGAAAUUAAUAUCAGAAGGUCUGAGAGGAGAGGUGUGUUAGAGAGGGGUCCUCUCUGAAUCUUGUUCUACUGGUUUUGUGUUACAGCCUUUUUUCUAUUUCUGCACACUGCUUACAGUUGGAUAGACCAUCAGUAGCCAACCUGGGAGAAUAUAACAUUAAAAAAAAAAAAAAAUCCAGCCCAUUCAUUUCUUUUCUAUUUGCACAUGAAAACAUUCUGUGUACCUUAUUUCAAACCACACAGGGAACAGUUCUCACAGCCCUGCCUGGUAACCAAGGGAUGGGAAUGAAAACAUCUCCCCUACUAAAUUUGCUGAAAACACGUUACAGUGCACGCUAUCAAAAGAAAGAAAAGAAAGGUGUUUUCAAAAAAAAAACAAAAAAAACCCCACAACAACCCACGAGUGUUUCACUGUCCGUGAGAAAUCAAGAGCAGGAUGGGAAAGUCUGUUUACCCAGGCAGUUAGCCAGGAAACUGUGUUUUCCACAGAUCCAGUCAUUCAGGGAGCACAUCUCCGAUUUUCCUGAGCUCCCUGCCUCUCUUCUCCUAGCCCUGCAGUUAUACGAAGAAAUCCAUCUGUAGGUGAGAAAGCACAGCCAGCCCCGCACCGUGCAUUCAAACGCUGCCUCUCCUUUAGGCAAGUGCUACCACACCGAGGCCAUUUGCAGGGAUUUUACACAGCAAGACAAACAAAUGCAGACCCUUAAGGAAACGUGUGAGCUGCUCGAAUCGCCGCCAAAACUCCGCCUGAAAAGCAUCCUCUCUAAAUCUCCUGUGAAACGGAGCAUUGCUAAUUAGCAGGCUUGAUGGAGAGCGCCGUGAGAUAGAUAAGGGAGUCUUGUCACUUUAUUUGUGCGUGCUUCCCUGCAUCUUAAGUUGCAUCUCGGGCUCCCUGAGGAUCAUGUGAGGCUGGGUUAUAUAUUGGGAGCCGCGCUAUAGAGCAGGGAGUGUGUAAGCCUGGCAGCUGGGGAGUGUUAUGGUUGCCGCUUUCCUGUGCUAAGCUGAUUUACUUGUUUAAGGUCUGACCUCAUCAUCCUGUCAGUAUGGAUUCCCACCUAUACAGUUAACAGCAGCUCAGCACCGCCUGCGAGAGAGAACUCGCGGUGCAUUAACCAGCAGAGAGAGAGCUACCGCUAUUUGUUCUGUUGUCUUUCCUUAAGAAGAGGAGUUGAAACAGAAGAGAUAACAAAGAAUCCAUUUCCUUCCUAGAAGAACAGGGUUUUGUCUUUUUUUUCAAAUUUUUUUUUCCCGUCUGAAAAUAAAAGAAAUGUCAGUCUCUGGAAAGAAAGAGUUUGAUGUGAAGCAGAUCCUGAGGCUCCGCUGGAGGUGGUUCAGCCACCCCUCGCAGGGCUCCGCCGGCUCCGGGGGCUGCCAUCAGCAGGAAGGAUAUGAGCACAGAGGGACUCCGGUGCAGAACAGGUUGAAGAGCCACUCUCGGGACAGGAACGGGCUGAAGAAGAACAGCAGCCCUGUCCACCACAACAUCUUGGCCCCCGUGCCGGGGCCCACGCCGGUGCACCACCGAUCCAUCCACACCUGGCACCAGCAGAACCUCAUCGAGCAGCUGCGGUCCAGCGAGGAUAUCCCCAAAGCCAGCACAGAGGGAAACUCUGCUAAAGAGGACUCAAGUAAAACCACACAGGAGCUGCAGAUGAUCACAGAGCAAAAUGCAGAUGAAUCUGCAGAGAGGCUGUCCACCACCAGCAGCUCCCUUGGGAUGAGCACCAAUGGCUCUGACGAGUAUUUCCAGUCCACGAACCACGCGGAGCAAACCUUCCGCAAAAUGGAGAAUUACCUGCAGCAGAAGCAGCUCUGUGAUGUGCUCCUGAUCGCUGGUGACCAAAAGAUUCCAGCCCACAGGCUGGUUCUCAGCGUGGUUUCUGAUUACUUUGCUGCGAUGUUCACCAACGACGUGCGGGAGGCAAAGCAGGAGGAGAUCAAGAUGGAGGGAGUGGAUCCCGAGGCGCUGAAGGCCCUGGUGCGCUACGCCUACACAGGUAUCCUUGAGUUAAAGGAAGACACUAUAGAGAGUUUGCUGGCUGCUGCAUGCCUUCUGCAGCUCUCCCAGGUCAUUGAGGUGUGCUGCAACUUCCUCAUGAAGCAGCUCCACCCUUCCAACUGCCUGGGGAUCCGCUCGUUCGGGGAUGCCCAGGGCUGCACGGAGCUCCUGAAGGUGGCCCACAAAUACACCAUGGAACACUUCAUAGAGGUAAUAAAAAACCAGGAAUUUCUUUUGCUCCCAGCUAAUGAAAUUGCCAAGCUUUUGUCUAGUGACGACAUCAAUGUGCCUGAUGAGGAGGCAAUUUUCCAGGCCCUGAUGAUGUGGGUGAGGCACGACCUGCAAAACCGACAGCGGGACCUGGGGAUGCUCCUCUCCUACAUCAGACUGCCACUGCUGCCACCCCAGCUACUGGCUGAUCUAGAAAACAGCCCAAUGUUUGCAGAUGACCUUGAGUGUCAGAAACUUCUCAUGGAGGCCAUGAAGUACCACCUGCUGCCAGAGAGACGCUCCAUGAUGCAGAGCCCUCGAACCAAGCCCAGAAAAUCCACGGUGGGUGCCCUUUAUGCUGUGGGAGGCAUGGAUGCCACUAAAGGCACCACCACCAUUGAGAAAUACGACCUCAGGACCAACAGCUGGAUCCAAAUUGGGACCAUGAACGGCCGGCGGCUGCAGUUUGGGGUUGCAGUGAUUGACAACAAGCUCUACAUCGUUGGGGGCAGGGACGGGCUCAAAACCUCCAACAUCGUUGAGUGCUUCAACCCUGUCACCAAGGCUUGGACUGUGAUGCCCCCGAUGUCAACACACAGGCAUGGCCUGGGAGUGGCAAUGCUUGAAGGACCAAUGUAUGCAGUUGGUGGCCAUGAUGGGUGGAGUUACCUCAACACAGUGGAGCGCUGGGACCCGCAGGCGCGGCAGUGGAACUACGUGGCCAGCAUGUCCACCCCGAGGAGCACCGUUGGGGUCGCAGCACUCAACAGCAAGCUGUAUGCAGUUGGUGGGCGUGAUGGGAGCUCCUGCCUGAAAUCCAUGGAGUGCUUUGAUCCUCACACAAACAAGUGGAGUUUAUGUGCCUCCAUGUCCAAGAGGAGAGGCGGUGUCGGUGUGGCCACCUACAAUGGGUUUUUGUACGCUGUGGGAGGUCAUGAUGCUCCUGCUUCCAACCACUGCUCCCGCCUGUCCGACUGCGUGGAGAGGUAUGACCCCAAAACAGAUGCUUGGACCACAGUGGCCCCUCUGAGCGUGCCCCGGGACGCAGUUGGGAUCUGUCCCCUGGGAGACAGGCUGUAUGCAGUGGGGGGCUACGACGGCCACUCCUACCUGGACACCGUGGAGUCCUACGAUGCUCAGAACAACGAGUGGACAGAGGAAGUUCCUGUCAACAUUGGUAGGGCUGGAGCAUGUGUUGUCGUUGUGAAGUUGCCCUGAGGACUGUAAAUUAUUGUGAAACUGAACUGAGUGGAGUCUCAGAAGACAAGAAACAGUCCCAGGAGCAGUAUAGACUGCACACACCUCAGCAGCCCUCCCUUACAGAGAGUGUUUAUCCCUGAGCCAUCACACUAUUACAGCACAGAAGUAUCUUCCUGCAUCACAAAAAUCAGAAAAGUUUGCAGAAGUGAAUGACUUGAUUGUGCUUAAUAUGUAAAAUCCACUAAAGUGGUUUCAAUGUUUGAACGGUUCAGGUUUGUUACACAAGUGUAUCUAUUAUUUAUGAAAUGCAGCAGUGAGAGAUGUGUAUAAGACUUCAAAAACAUUUUUCUGUUCUAUGUUGCCAGGAAUGCUAAAGUUUAAUAAAAAAGCUUUUAUAUUUUAAGUAAAUUAAAAUGACUAUGGAACACCUCCAACAGAGAACUGCACAAAAAGAAAUAUUUGCUCUUAAAUAUUAUUGUCAACAGAAUAUUCUCUGCAGAAGCAACUUAAUUUAUACAUUCAGAAAUUAAGCUCCUAAAUCAACUUUAAAAUCAAACCAGAGAAGCAGAUAAUUUGUUAUUUACCAUCCAGCACUGCUAGAACUGUGACAGAAUAUCCAUUUUUAGAACUGUGUUGAACUGAAUAAUGCAAGUUAAGUCAUAGUAGGGUUAAGGUACCUUUACGCUAUUGUGUGCCAGCAGAAAGAAAUCUCUUUUGUCAAAACAUAAUGCAAAUAUAAUUUGCAAUCAUUUUCAGUGCAUAGAUAUACGAUAUUUUAAGGCUGCUCCGUGCACCACGUUAUUCAUGUACUUCUCUUUGCCUGCUAACCAUCUGUCAGUAUGUGUUAAACUAAUCUGACUAUUCUGGGGAUAAUAACCGUGCAUUAAAUUUUAAAACAAUCACAUAAUUACAUUCCUUGAAUAUAACUUACAAAAUGAAAUUUUUAUAUCAUAUUGAUAUGACAAUCUUUGACCUCAGCUGAAGAUUACCAGCUUUCUCUCAUGUACAGUAGAAAUAUGGUAAGGAAUAAACCACACCCACUGUGUAACAUUAGAUACCAUUCAUGUAAACAUGUUUCUGUUCUAUCUGGAAUUAGUGGAAUGAUAAGAAUCAAGAAAAAACAGGAAAAGAAUCACCUGAAAACAGCACAUAGUGCUGUUCCACAUGCAUGAUAUUAUCUUUUUGUGUGCCAAUUUCUACUGUUUUGCUUUAAUUUCAUUUUUUAUAAUUUCAAAUGCUGGAAGUGUAUUCUAGAAAAAAGAAUGUAUGUAAGAUAUUCUAUGCUGUAAAGCACAACAUUUGGUCAGUAUCCACCUCAGUGUUUGUUUAGUUGUUUUGUUAGUAUCAGAAAAUUAAGGACAGAGGCAAAAAUCUCUGAAUGUGUUGGCCAACUUUCCUGAUAGAAUACUGUGGUUUGAGAUUUUAGCAAUAUGCUAUUUUAAAACAAAUUUAUAGUAUUAAACCUAUUGAAUGCCUCUACAGAGAAAAAUCUAAUAAGCAUAUUUAUAAAAAGAGGAACAUUUUAAACUUUAAAACUCAAUUAUGUUUAUAUAUAGCAUGCUACAUUCAAAUAAACUUUAC